CGCUUUCACACCCCGUAGGUUGUACUACUUCCGGUCUGAUAAAUGCCUGAAGUAUUCUCUGAUUUUACUAUUAUAGUUUCAUAAAAUUUCUGAAUGAACUAAAAAUAAUUUAUCACCAUGAUACUUCUAGAAAUCAACAAUCGGAUAAUCGAAGAUAUUUUGCGCUUAAAGUUCAAAAAUGCUCUGGCUGGAAAUAAAGCAGAGACUGUUGAUGUUACUGUAGCUGAUUUUGAUGGUGUUUUAUUUCAUAUUUCGAAUCUAAAUGGAGACAAGACUAAAGUUCGUGUGAGUAUCUCACUGAAGUUUUAUAAAGAAUUGCAAGAACAUGGUGCUGAUGAACUGUUACACAGAGAAUAUGGUUCACUGUUAACUACAUCUGAAGAAGGAUAUAACGUUUCGCUUCUCUUUGAUUUGGAAAACAUUCCUCAAAAGUAUGAUGAUUUAAUUCAAAAGGCUGGUCUCUUAAAGAGGAAUUGCUUUGCCUCGGUGUUUGAAAAAUAUUUUGAGUUUCAAGAGAGAGGAGAAGAAGGCCACAAGAGAGCAGUCAUUCACUACAGAGAUGAGGAGACAUUGUAUGUUGAAGCAAAAGCAGACAGAGUUACAGUGGUAUUUAGUACUAUUUUUAAAGAUGAAGAUGAUAUUGUCAUUGGUAAAGUUUUCAUGCAGGAAUUCAAAGAAGGUAGAAAAGCUAGUCAUACAGCUCCACAGGUUCUGUUCAGCCACAAAGAACCCCCGAUGGAACUUGCCAAUACUGAUGCAAGAACUGGUGACAACAUUGGUUACAUUACAUUUGUACUUUUUCCCAGACAUACGAAUAAACAGGCAAGAGACAACACUAUAAACCUGAUCCAUACAUUCAGAGAUUAUUUGCACUAUCAUAUUAAGUGUUCAAAAGCAUAUAUUCACUCUCGUAUGCGUGCCAAAACCUCAGACUUCUUAAAAGUUCUAAAUAGGGCAAGGCCAGAACCAAAAAUUGUAGAAAAGAAAACAAUGAGUGGAAGAACGUUUGUAAGGAACUGAUUAGAACUUCAACUGUACUUCCAAAAUCAAACUGUAAAAUAAUCAUUCUUUUAAAGUGGUUUCAAGAUCCAUCUAAAUCAUGAUCUAUUUUAUGUGACAUCUGAUUUUUGGUAUUUAAAUUUUGUUACAUAUAGAUAAACUGUUCUUUUCUAUUUAAGUUGAUUUGAAUGCUAAAUGCAAAUGGGAGGUUGCCAAUGUUACAUUAGAUUAAUUUAUAAAAUAUUUUUUUUAUAUUUAUAAGUACAUAUUUUAAUAGUACCUUGUUGUUUUUAGAAAAAUGUUUUAGAAACAACUUCUGCUGUAAUUAUAUC